UUUGUACUUGCGACGAUGAGGUAGCGAUUGGGAGUGCAAAGUGUGUCGGGCAUAUUGCUGUACGGACCGUCAGGAUGCGGGAAAACGAUGCUCGUGCGCGGGUUGGCGGCAGUCUCCAACGCCAACUUUGUGCAAGUGCAGUCGUCCAAGCUCGUGUCCAAGUACUUUGGGGAAACGGAAAAGUCGAUCCGAGAUCUGUUUGCUCGCGCCCGGUCGUCUGCGCCAUGCAUUCUGUUCUUUGAUGAGCUGGACUCGAUUGCUGCGAAAAGAGGGUUUUCUAGCGACGGCAACGACGCGGGGGGCAGUUCCGGCGUGUACGCGCGAGUUCUGUCGACGCUGUUGAAUGAAAUGGACGGCGUUGGCGGCCAAGGGGACAUUGUGGUCGUGGCAGCUACCAAUCGCGCCGACUCGCUGGACGCGGCACUUGUGCGGCCAGGACGCAUGGACCAGAUGCUGGAAGUGGGGUACCCGUCGCCGGCGGACAGACUCGCCAUCUUUCGCCAGUACACAAAGGCGAUGCCGCUGGCCGCCGACGUCGAUUUGGCGGCUGUUUCGGCCUCGAUGCAUGACGACGCUACCGUCACAGGAGCUAUGAUCCACGCCAUUUGCAAAGACGCGGCGCUUCGAGCGCUGCGGGAGAGCGAGGCGGGGACGAGCGUGGCGCAGCGGCACUUUAGCCAGGCCGCCGUGUCGGCUCCGUCGAGGAGAUAAUCAUGGACGAGUUGUUGGUCAUUUUGAUGGCGGC